GGUGGGCGCUCGCCUCAGUGCCCGCUGGCUAGCGACAUGGAUUCACACGUGCGGUGCGUGCUCGCGGUGCUGGCGGCGUGUUGCGCAUGGAGCGCUUCCGCGCAGGAGGCCGUGUGGGCCGACACCGAGGCGGGGAGGGUGUGCGGCGGCUACGACCCCCAUGGCGACUACGCCUACUUCCAUGCCGUACCUUACGCCAAGCAGCCUCUCGGUCCACUCCGGUUUCAGGAACUGCAGCGUCCGGAUCCAUGGACAGAAUGCCGGCCCGCGACCGAAGUGGGACCUAUUUGUCCCCAGCGGGACCUUUUCUACGGGCCGAUCAUGAAUCCCCACGGUCAGAGUGAGGAGUGCAUCCACGCCAACAUCUACGUCCCUCUGAAGUCCCUGCCGUCCAGAGUGCGCGGCGAGAGUCGUCCGCUGCUGUCGGUGCUGGUGUAUGUGCACGGUGGAGGCUUCGGCUUCGGUUCGGGAGAUCCGGACGCACACGGCCCGCAGUACCUCGUCAAAGAGAAUGUUGUCGUCAUUACCUUCAAUUACAGGAUUGGAGCUUUCGGUUUCCUGUCCCUUAACUCGUCAAGUGUCCCCGGCAACGCUGGUCUCCGUGACAUGGUGACGCUGCUGCGCUGGGUGCAGCGCAACGCCGAAGCCUUCGGUGGUAAUCCCCACGACGUCACGCUGGCCGGACAGAGCAGCGGCGCUGCCGCCGUCCAUCUGCUCUCACUUUCUCAAGCAGCAAAGGGACUUUUCAAAAGAGCCAUUUCGAUGAGUGGUGCAGGAUCAAGAAAUUUUUACACAACAUCGCCAGCUUACGCGCAAACGGCAUCGGAAUUAUUCCUCGGUUUUCUAGGCAUCAACAGUACUGAUCCUGAAGAGGUGCAUCAAAAGCUUAUUGUUCUUCCGCUGGAGCAGAUCAUAGAAGCUGAAAAACAGAUUCAGGACUACACGGGUAUCCUCACAUUCUCUCCCGUGGUCGAAUCCGAACACCCGGGGGUCAAUAUAAUUUUGGACAACGACCCGGAGUGGUUACAAGCGCAAGGUCGAGGCAAAGAUAUCCCCUUCAUAAUUGGAUUCACAAACGCAGAAUGCGAAACAUUUCGACCACGAUUCGAACAAAUCGACAUUAUCGAGAGGAUUAAAAACAUGCCUGCGGUGGUGGUGCCCCUAGGGGUAACUUACACGACACCGCCAGCGGAGCUUCCUAGUAAACUUGCGAGCAUUCAAGAGGAAUACUUUAGUGAAUCGUUAGAUAUGGAUACGUUUUUGAGCUACUGUUCAGAAGCUCACUUCAUAUAUCCCGCGUUAAAACUGGCAAAAACGAGAGCCGCCAACAAGGGAGCCCCUGUAUUCUUGUACCGGUUCGCGUAUAGCGCGGACAUUAGCGUAUACAAAAAAGCGCUUAAUCUGACGUACGUUGGUGCUGGCCACUCGGAGGACCUCACCUUCGUGUUCCGAGCUAACUACGCGCUGGGAGACACGAUCGAGUCGGCCGCAGACAGUGACAUGACUACGAAAAUGACGGCGUUCUUCACUAACUUCAUGCGACAAGGUAAACCAACGAAGAACGUCGAGUUCAAAGCAGACAGUAUGUUUACGAAAAUGUCGAAGUUGUUCUACGCUAGCUUCAUACCAUAUAGUAAACCAAUGACGAACGUCGACGACUGGCGGCCGGUGUCGGCGGCGGAAGGAACGGACAAGUACGCUCCGUACAACAACAUAGUCAAUUACGAGGAGGCGGACCAGUGGCCGAGAUACCAGAGGAUAACCAAGUUCUUCGACAGCAUUUACGAGACCAGCUGAACCAGACCAAAGCCCGCGUCGGUCCUAUGAACUUUAAUUCUUAAACAAUUUGUGAUUCUUUUAACAGUUAUGUAGAAUAAAUGAGAAGUACUCAGUAUAAGUAUUGU